CGUCAGAGAUAUCGGCUUAAACGGUGUAAACAUCGGCGUUUUCAUUUAAAUUUUGUUGAAAUAGUGGCGAUUAAUGGCACAAGUGGGGAAAAAAAAACCAGGCGUAGUCUGCCAGACUACUAACAACUGUAGUUAUGAACUUGACAGGACAGAGAAAACUCUCCAGAGAAAACAAAAUUAAACUUUUAGCUUCUGAAAUAUUUUUAGACAACUCUGAUGGAGCUCAGGAUUUAUCAGGAGGACAGCUGCUUACUCCAAACAAUUUCGCUGUAUGAACCUGGACUGUGUGUGUGACCUUUUGGAUGUGUAGAAGUACACAGGACAUUAAUUAACAUGAGAUCCUGUCGGCGUGUAGGGAGAUUAAGUAGCCUAAUCAAUGAAUGCUGCUGUGCCUCACGUGUAAAUGCGCACAGCGUCUAUCUCAAUGGGGAGACGCAUUUAUCGUUUCUGCUGCGGUGGGAUCACUGCGAGUGUUUCAUAAAUUCAAACUUUUUUUGAUAGUAAGCACCCCCGCACCUCCGACUGAAAUCAGGUUCUCGUGGCUAUGGGUUCACCCACCGAUUUAUGUGCCAUUUAUGAACCACAUUCACAGCCUAAUGUGUAUGUAUGUCCCUGCACAGACAAUAAUCAUCACAGUAGUAUGGAUAGUUUUCUUGAUGCAGCUUUCUGUGAAAUGUGUAGAUUCGAUUUUUCGUGAGCUAACAGGUGUGUCGAACUCUGUUUCCACCUCGAGAUGUGGGGGAGCCCUAGUCCCGCCCCGUCCAAGCCCGCCUUCAGUAAAAACUCGCCCCCCGUGAUGCUGUGCUCUGCCACCGGGGUACUAUGGAGAGCGCUAAGGCUUAGAACUAACUUUUAUGGAGUUUUAUCUGUAGAAAGUUGUUUUCUAAAAGUGAAUGGCAAAUUUCAUGGUUGUUUAGUCGUGAUUGUUAGUCAUUAUUUUAAACAAUGGGGUAACAGAACCUAUGUUUGUUCAACAUAAACCUCCGUUUAUUUAAAGUGCACGUCACCCAGAGAGUCUCUGUACACUUUACAAGUCAUACAUAUAUACGAGUAGUAAUGUUAAUAUUACAACACAAGGUUUAGGUUUUUGAUUUUAAAACAGAGAUCAUGUAGCUUUAACAGGGUUGGAGUAGCUUCAUGUGAAAGAGAAAAACAAUUUGUGAUUUGGGUUCCCAGCCAGUGAAAUUAGGAAUGGUCAUAAUAAAACAGAAAAAGAUGUGUUUUCAGCCUGGAUUUGAAAGUUAAACAGAGCUUGCCUCUCGAAUGUGCAGUGAUAGAUUAUUCCAGAAAAAUGGGGUUCGGCUCGGCCACCAAAAGCAUUCUUAUUGAAUCGAGAAACAGUUGAGUACCUGGCACCUUGAGAACAUAAGGGACACGAUGAGUAUACGGAGCAAAAGGCUGGAGAUAUAUGAUGGAGCUAAUCCAUUUAAAGCCCUAAAGGUAAGCAGGAGGAUUUUAAAAUCAGCUCUUGUAUGAGCCAGUAGCCGAUGCAAAGACAUCAGUACCCGUGUUAUAUGAUCCAGUUUUUUAGCAGCUGGUUUCUGGACCAAUUGAAGACCCUUUGAUGCUGUUUUAGGUAGGCAAAAGAAAAUUUAAUUACAAUAGUCUAUUCUAAUUGUUAUGAAGGCAUGUCUGAGGAUUUCAGCGUCUGAAUUUGAUAGAAUGCGGCGUAUUUGAGCUAUUUUAUUAAGGUGGAAGAAGACUGUUCGUGUUAUAUACUUGAUAUGUGUCUUAUAACAGUCGCUGACUGUUACAAAAAGAUAGACUUGUGUGUCAUCAGCAUAGCAGUGAUAUUUUAUGUUGUGUUUUUUUAAAAUGUGACCCAAAGGCAGCAAGUUAACACUGAGUACUUAACCCUGUGGGACACCGUGUUUGACCUUAGAGCAGGAAGACAUAGUAUUAUUAUACGUAACGUAAGAUUCUCAAGACGUUAUAGAAGGGUGUUGUGGUCCACAGUGUCAAAGGUGCCACUUAAAUCGAGCAACAGCAAGACAGAUGAGAGAUCAGAGUCUAUUGCAAUUAAUGGAUCAUUAGUUACCUUGGUCAAUGCAGUUUCGGUAGAGUGUUUGGGUCUGAAACUGGACUGAAACUUGUCAAGAAGUUUAUUACUGGAUAGAUGGGCAGUGAGUUGACUAGCAACCACCUUUUCUAACAGUUUGGACAUGAAUGGGUGAUUUGAAAUCGGCCUAAAAUUGUUAAGGGUAUGUGGGUCAAGGUUAGGUCUUUUUUAAUAGUGGAGUAACCACAGCUGUUUUAGAAGCAGUGGGAUCGAUACCAGAACUGAGUGAUUUAUGGAUGAUGUCAAGAAGAGGGCUUCCAAUCACAGUGAACAUGUCUUUAAUGAGGUUACCAGGGAUGGGAUCCAGAACACGUGGUUGGUUUGGAGCUAGUAAUUUGAGAGAGGGUGCAUGAAUUGACUAGAUCAAACUGAAAAAAGUAGCUUAUGGUUUGGAAACCAGUAUGAGAAGGAAGCAGAGGGUGGGAGGGAUCAGAUAUUACCAGUAAUAUCAUUCCUGAUUAGCUCAAUCUUUUCAAUGAAAAAGUUAGGCGUACAUCCUGACGGCUGAAAAUGCUACUGCCAGAUACUGUUCCCCCUGUGUUUAGUAGGGAAGGAAGCUCACACACCUGUCAAAUUCAUACUGCUGAAUUGUUUCCUCAAAACAGCUAAGUCCUGUGAUUUUCAGACUGAUAUCACUAAAUUUGUCCAUCAUAGCAGGGGGAACGCAUCCAACUAAGACUGUUACUGUCAGAUACUGUUACCCCUGUGUUUAGUAGAAAAGGAAGCUCACAUAAAUAUUACAUGGAAGACUUUAAUAACAUUAAACAAAAAAUAAAUCAUGCACACCUUCCUUUUCAAAUAUACAAUAAAAUUCAUUUUGGUUGAAACCAGCACAGUAGCAGCUUGUCUUGCUGUCUACAUGUUUUUCACAAGACUUAUAGAUGGUAAAUUAAAGAAAUAUUAGAGAUAAAAUAUAUAUGGAAAAAUCCAAAUAAUACAGGACAUAAAACAUUCAAAAUCAAGGAAAACUAUAAACAACAAUACUAUCAAUAACAAAAUUGAAAGUACGAAAAAAAAAAAAUCAAAUUUACCUACAGAUUGACCUCUGACCUACCUCCUGAGACAGCCCCCUCACUGAGGUCACGAACACAACAUGCAUUCAUCACAUGCUUGUAUAUUACCAGGAGCUCACGGAGUGGAUCAACCCUAAACCCCAGUUACAGUAGGCCAUUUGUAUAGGAGAACCCUAACCGGGACAUCAUUGAAGUUGAAAAACUGUGGAUAAGCAAUAGAAAAGGCAAAUGAAUCCAGACAUUUACCACGAGAUUGUUAAUUACAUCUCAAAUGGUAACUACCCAGAAGGUGCUACAAAAUCAGAGAAAUAUGUGAUUCGAAGAAGGUCAUCGGAGUUCAUAAUUGAUGAAGGAACAUUGUACUACAAGAAAGGGAAGAAAGAAGCCAAGAGAAAAGUUGUCUAUGACAGAGAUGAAGCCAACCAAAUUUUUGAAGAAUGCCAUGCAGGUGCCUUUGGAGCCCACUGUGGUAUUGUUAAAACAAGGAACGCAGUGUGCAAAAGAUUUUACUGGCCUGGCAUGACAUCUGCUAUUGAUAAGUGGGUUAGAGAAUGUGCAGAAUGCCAGGCCAGAGCUUCAACUAUGAAGCAGGAGACCGAGUACAUCCCCAUACAAGUGAGCCAGCCCUUUGAACUUGUGGGGAUGGACAUUUUUGGCAGAGUGGCUGAGACAGAGGCGGGAAACACAUACAUCUGUGUGAUGGUGGACGACUACACCAAGUGGUCCCAAGCGUUUGCCCUGCCCACAAAAACACCUGCAGAUGUGGCUGACUGUAUAGUCAGGUUCUUUUACCGUUUUGGGGCUCCAAAAAGGAUCCUCAUUGAUCAGGGACGAGAGUUCGUUAAUGAGCUAAACAAGGAGGUGUGCAACAGUCUGGGGAUUCAGUGCAGCCUUUGCGCACCAUAUCACCCAAAGACAAAUGGGCCUGUCGAAAAACAGAACGGAACAAUACAGAGGGCACUGUUCCAACUUGUCAAGAAGUAUCCAGAGAGUUGGGAUACAUAUUUUGAAGCAGUGAUGUUUGGGUUGAGGACCAAAAAAGACAGCACUACGAAGUUCUCCCCAUUCUUCCUCCUGUUUGGGACAGAGGCCCGCCUCCCGAGUGAGAUUCCAGAGGAUUACAAAAUUGACAGCAGGGUGGAGAAUGGCCUUGACCAGGAGAUGGUGUCAGAGGCUGAUGAAACAGGCCCAGCACCACCAAAGUCUGCUGCAGUCACAGCUUUGUCUCCAGGCAAUAUCGAAAAAUGCGUGAAGGAUGCCUGGGAUGGUCUAAAGGCCAAUGUCCUGCUAUCAAAAAUUGGGCCGUACAAGAUCUUUUACUGGGACAUUGGCCGAACGGGGCCUGGAUUGGAGCUUGAGAGUGAGGUCAUAAAUGCGUACUUGGCCAUGCUGGAGCGUCGACACAAUAUAACAGCGAAGGAGAAGGUGCUCCAUAUAGAUACAUUUGGAAUGACCUCAGUGUGGAAAGGAAAUAUUCCACGAUUCAGGUGGGACCCCACACAUUACAAAAUGCUGUUUGCUGUUGUGAAUGAACACCAUCACUGUUUCCUGGUUGUAAUAUAUCCAUCCGAAAAGAGGACACUACUGAUGGAUUCACUUGGAGAAACUGCUGCAAAGCUGCAAAGGUGCAAGGAUGUAACAAGAGCAUUCAUGAGGAAGAAAGGGUUCAAUGUGUCAAGGUGGAAAUGUGACACAGUGCCUCAUCCACACCAACCAGACAGCACCUCCUGUGGGGUUUUUGCCAUUAAGUUCAUUGAGAAAAUCUCAAUGGAGGAAAAGGUCAAAUUCCCUGCUGGCCAAAGUGAUGUGACAGAACUACGUUGGCAGAUUGCCACUACUCUUCUUCGGGAGUCUGAUGAUCUGACAGACCUUUGUUUCUUCUGUGGGGAGGUUGAUGUAGAUGACCCUGAAGAGGAGGAGCUGACAUGGCUAAACAAGGAGGUGUGCAACAGUCUGGGGAUUCAGUGCAGCCUUUGCGCACCAUAUCACCCAAAGACAAAUGGGCCUGUCGAAAAACAGAACGGAACAAUACAGAGGGCACUGUUCCAACUUGUCAAGAAGUAUCCAGAGAGUUGGGAUACAUAUUUGGAAGCAGUGAUGUUUGGGUUGAGGACCAAAAAAGACAGCACUAUGAAGUUCUCCCCAUUCUUCCUCCUGUUUGGGACAGAGGCCCGUCUCCCGAGUGAGAUUCCAGAGGAUUACAAAAUUGACAGCAGGGUGGAGAAUGGCCUUGACCAGGAGGUGGUGUCAGAGGCUGAUGAAACAGGCCCAGCACCACCAACAGGCCCAGCGCCACCAAAGUCUGCUGCAGUCACAGCUUUGUCUCCAGGCAAUAUCGAAAAAUGCGUGAAGGAUGCCUGGGAUGGUCUAAAGGCCAAUGUCCUGCUAUCAAAAAUUGGGCCGUACAAGAUCUUUUACUGGGACAUUGGCCGAACGGGGCCUGGAUUGGAGCUUGAGAGUCAUAAAUGCGUACUUGGCCAUGCUGGAGCGUCGACACAAUGUAACAGUGAAGGAGAAGGUGCUGGCCAAAGUGAUAUGACAGAACUACGUUGGCAGAUUGCCACUACUCUUCUUCGGGAGUCUGAUGAUCUGACAGACCUUUGUUUCUUCUGUGGGGAGGUUGAUGUAGAUGACACUGAAGAGGAGGAGCUGACAUGGAUAUCCUGCCAUGCCUGCAGGAGGCGGUUCCACUAUGUGUGUGUGGGAAGGCCAAAGGUUGAGGAGAGAUUUGUAUGUGCAGCAUGCUGAAUCUACACAGAAAU